AUGACUUCUACAGAAUCACAAAUUAAUCCCGAAGAGCAACCCUUAGACGAAAAGAAAGUUAUACAAAAUGAAUUUAAAAAGAGAACAUUCAUUGAAAACCUGCGCUACAUUAAAUCUAGCGUAUCAGUUGAACCUAUCGUCGCAGGCCUAGUGAUACCUUCUAUGCUGGCAAGGCUGGCAGUCCAAAAUCUAAAUCUAGACAAAGUGUGUCGAGUAAAACAGGCGUUUGGUGACGAAAUAUGUGAUGCCCUCCUAGUGAAAAAAGACAAUUUAAGCAGUUACGAAGCAGACGUCCAAAAAGUGAUAUCUUCUAUAGAAGCAUGGAAGAGCGUGAUACAGACUGCACUGCCCACCAUCCUCGUCAUCUUUAUGGGGGCUUGGAGUGACAAAACGGGGAAUAGAAAGCUAUGUAUUCUCUUACCGCUAUUUGGCGAGUUUCUAGUUUGUAUCAGUAAUAUAAUUAGUACGUUCUUCUUCUACGAGAUUCCUGUUGAAGUGACAAUGUUUCUGGAAGCAUUCUUUCCUGCUAUUACUGGUGGAUGGGUGAUGGUUUAUCUGGGUGUAUUCAGUUACAUUAGUGAUAUAACGACUGCUGAAUCCAGAACAUUUCGUGUCGGUCUGGUGAAUCUCUGUUUGACAGCUGGAAUUCCAAUAGGAACAGCCUUGAGUGGUCUCCUGUUGAAUUUAUGGGGGUAUUAUGGUAUCUUCACAAUAUCCGCGUGCAUCUAUUUGAUAACUUUUAUUUAUGGAUACUGCUACUUGGAGUCUAAUACAAAGAAGAUUGUUGAGAAGGAAGAACCAUUCAAACUCACAAAUGUAUUUAAGUUAGUGAAGGAGACCGCACAAGUUGCUUUUAAGAAACGGGAAGGAAAUCUCAGAAAAAAGGUUAUCAUAACAUUGUCUAUUGUAGCUAUUGUCUACGGGCCUAACCAUGGCGAGACAAUAAUCACCUACAUGUUUGUGAGAUAUCGGCUGAAAUGGGAUGCUUUAAAAUUCAGUUUCUACUCCACUUAUAGCGUCAUCACACAUUCGCUAGGUGCACUUUUCUCGAUAAGUGUUUUCAGCAAACGAUGGGGUUUUCACGACAGUGUUUUAUGCCUGAUAUCUAUAGUUAGCAAAUUGGUCGGUUCUAUCUGCAUCGCGUUCGUUAGGACGGAUUUUGAUAUGUUUAUGAUACCGCUCGUUGAAAUUCUUAAUGCAACAACCUUCACGUCGCUGAGGUCAAUGGCCUCUAAGUUGGUGCGAGACGAAGAAAUGGGUAAAAUGAAUUCUCUAUUCAGCUUGGUAGAGACGCUAGCGGCGCUGCUCUUUGAUCCCACAUAUACUACGCUAUACGCACAUACAUUGACUAUAUAUACUGGGGCUGUAUAUAUGUACAGUGCAGUGUUGACUAUUCCUGCUAUUGUCAUGUUAUUGUGGAUGUUUACAAAACAUCGAAGGGAGACGAGGGCUAAGCGUAGGGAAGGAAACGACCCGGAGAAUUCACAAACAAAAUGA